CUCAGAACUGUCAGCUGUCAUAAUUGAUACAAUCGGUUCUUCUGUCAAUUGAAGUUGUUUCUGAUUGUGUAGUUAUCUACCUAAAUAGCAUUUUAAAAAGUUAAUGUUAACGGAGAGUUCUUUGGUAAAAAAGAUAAACUAUUGGAAAAUAUAGGCAAUUUAUCUGAUUCAAAGUUUUUGAAGCUAGCAGUGGUUUCUAAAAAUGAACCAUGGUGAAUGUUAUGAAAGGCGUUCUCGUCGAAUGUGAUCCUGCUAUGAAACAGUUCCUUCUUCACCUGGACGAGACUUUAGCCCUGGGCAGAAAGUUUAUUCUCCAAGACCUGGAUGAAACACAUCUAUUUAUAUCUGCAGACAUAGUGGAAACUCUGCAAGCUCGUGUGGAUGAUUUGAUGGACCAACUUAGCAUACCAGUACAUGACAAAGGAAUGUAAAGAUGGCUUCCCACGCUAGAGGUAAUAGAGACACGGAGAGGAGGAAGAUUUUAGACGAUGCAGCAAGGAAGCGCAGAGCUAGAAAAGCAGUUGAGGCCCUCGAGCAAGACAAUUUCCAUGAAGACCCACAUGCUGACCUGGUUAUGUCGAAGAAGGUGCCGAAAUUCGCAGAAACAAAUGAAAAACCUACCAGAAAGAAAAAGACCAAAAGUGCUGAGUACUAUAAAAUGCGAUUUCGGAAGACAUUUGCGCAGUUAGUUGAAGAAGAUGCAAGUUUUAGACCCGACCCGCCCAAUUACCUGUCUGCGCAAGUGCCACCUUCUAAAUUUCCCGAUCGACAUUUCUGUGCUGUUUGUGGUUUUCCAUCGAACUACACUUGCAUACCUUGUGGAGCUCGUUACUGUUGCGUUCGCUGCCUUGGAACACACUUAGACACAAGGUGCCUCAAAUGGACUGCGUAAUUCUUCCGUUUUGUAUUAAUCAAAUAAAAUUUUCUA